AUGGACUCUCUCGGCAGCGGAAACAUCGACCUCUCCAAGAUGUCAGACGCCGAAAAGCAAGACCUUCAACAAUUCGUCGUCAACGAGUCUCAAAAGGCUAGAAUCCAACAAUCCAUCCACUCCCUCACAGACACCUGUUUCCGCAAAUGCAUCACUGGAAAGAUUUCCUCGGGUAAACUGGACAGGAGCGAGGAGCCUUGUAUGCAAAACUGUGUUGAUCGCUUCAUGGAUGCGAAUUUGGUCGUCAUCAAGAAUUUGGAGCAGAUGAGAACUCGCAUGUAA